AUGAAUAGUAGUAAUAAUAUUUGUGGAGUACAUAACAAAAGUCUCAAGUUUAUAUGUUUUGAUUGUAAUGUUUUGAUGUGCACUCUCUGUUCACCAAAACAUACAGGUCAUUCAUACGAUCAUAUUGAAAAUAUUAAAUCAAAUAAGAAUAACAACAAAGAGGAUCAUUCAAACAUUUAUACAGAUGACAAUGAAAUAAAUAACAAAAGUAAUAAUAGUGUUAGAGGAAUGAAUGAUAUUCAAACGAGUAUUAAAACGACAUUCGAUUCUUUGAAAUUAAAAGUUGCUGAAUAUGAACAAUUACAACAAACAGAGCAAGAGAUCGAAAGUAAAUUCAAAGAGUUACAUGAAUUCCUUGUUGUUGAAGAACAUAGAUUAAAGAAACCAAUCAUCGACAAUAAAGAACAAUUAGAACAACAAAUCGAUAAACAAAUCAAAAUCGUGAAAUCAUUGAAUUCAAUUAAUAAUCAUAUUAAUAUCACCAACCGAUCAGAUUCACAAUCAGAAACUAUAUCAACAGCAGAUACAACAGAUAACUACCAAAUAACAACAAUAAUUCGAUCGAUUUCACAAUCAACAGAUCACAAUGAAUUCAUUUCAUCAAACAACAAUACAUUGUUCUAUUUGGAUAAAUCCAACAAGUCAAUGAUCGAUAAUCAUUCACUUUUAAAUUUAUUACUUGAACACAAUAAAUCAAUUAAAAUCAAUAAUCAUCAUGACAAUCAACAAUCGAAAUCACAACAAUAUCAAUUAAUCAUCAAUAAUGAACAAAUCAAUCAAAUCAAGAAUCAAAUCCAAUCAUCAUUCAAAUUAAUAUCAAAUCCAUCCCAACAAAAUCAAAACAAACAAUCAUAUAUAUUCUCAACUGAUAGAAAGAAUAAGAUAUCAAUCAUCAAUAUUACAGAUCGAAACAACAUUUAUUUUGAACAACAAGAUAUAGAUUUAGGUAUGGAAAUGAACCGAUAUUCAACAGCAUUCAACUCAAUUGUCAAAGCUGGUGACUUUAUCUAUCUAUUUGGUGGUAAUACAGCAAGCUGCAACAAAUUCAUCAGGUAUUCAAUCAACACCAAAACAGUAGUUAUCAAUGAAAUGAAAGGUGUUGAUCCAUGCCAAUAUUUAUCAGCUUGCUAUGAUGGUCAAGAUCAUAUCUAUUUAUUCGAUGGAAAUGGCAAACCAAAACCCGUUAUCUACAGAUACAACAUCCACGAUUCAACAUUCGAAAGAUACUCAACAAUCGAAAUCGAUACAAAUUAUCAUCAUCCCACAUUCCUCUACAAAGAUUAUAUCUAUAGUUUCGCUCCAUUUACUAAAAAGAUUUUAAAGUUUGACAUACAUACCAAAAAAACAAUUGAACUACCAAUCGAAGUAUCAAAAAUCUCUUAUCCAUCAGCAGCCUGUACCGAUGGCAAUGGCAAUAUAUAUAUAUAUUCAAAAACAGAGUUACAACGAAUCAAUAUUGAAACCAAUGAAAUCAAAUCAUUAGACAAUAGUAAAAUCAACAUAAAUAAUGACUAUAAUCUUAUCUUCCUUAAAUCAAAUGAUGGUCAAAGUUAUAUCUACUCGGUACAAGGAAAAGAUAGAAAUUUCGUGUUCUCUCUUGGAAACAACAAAUGGGAAUCUAUUCUUCAGAAUGAUCAAUCUGACAGAUCAUCAUGUGCAAACAUAUUUUAUCAAUAA